CUAGCCUUUCCUGUUGCAAGUUUGAAGAAUUCCCAAUAAUAAAAUUCGUUUUUAUUUUCGAGUUGUGAACAAAACGAUAGCAAAUUAUUUUGUUUUGCGUUACUAUAACUAUGGAAAGUGCAAUAGACAUACAAAAUAUAUGCCGUCUUUGUUGCAAGAGUAAGAAGCGGUUGAACGAUAUCGCCGUUCUCGAGAAAGACGAGAAAUAUCCGUUGAAACAAAUUUUCACCGAUACUCUGCGGUUAGAGUAUAAUUCCGAGGACGGUUUACCGCAAAGCAUUUGCAAAUUAUGCAGCACAGAAGUGCUCAGGAUUCACAAAACAGUGGAAGGUUACCGGGCCAAUGAUGUGCUACUUCGGAAUCAGUUGAGAAGUACUGUCAAUAACGAUAUAAAACCAAUGCUGUCAAUAGAAAUUCUAAGUCAAACAGAACAGGAUGACCCGAUCAUCGAUCAACCUGAUAUCAAGGAAGAAGAACCGGAAUAUCUCGAAAAUUAUAGCCCAGCUUCAGAUGCGGAAUGUUUUGAUAAUCACAAUUCAGCCUUAGAUACGGAAUAUGUUGAGAAUCAAAAUUCGGGUUCGGAAACGGAAGACCAGGAUGAGUGGCCACCACGUGACGAAAUAAAUGGAUCGAAUGUACUGGCAGUGUCGCCGAAAACUCUACCAAAGGGGUCGUGUAUACUAAAAUCAAAAUCGACUAUUCCUGAGAACAGGAUACACCCACAAAAAUCACGGCGCCAUCGCCGGGAUUCGGAACAUCCUUAUCGCCCUCGUUUGAAUGAUUUUAAAUGCUACAUCUGUAAGAACGAAUCUUUGGAGUCCAAGCAAGCUCUACUUGCUCAUUUGCAUUCCCAUUCUGAUCAGUUACCUUACACUUGCACCAUCUGCGUAAUGGAAACGAUAGUUAUUGAAAGUGUUACGACAUUAAAUAUACACAAACGUAUGCACGAGAAUCCAUACAAAUGCGAUUACUGCGAUCGACGGUACACCGAUAAACGUAACAUCGGUCUGCAUGUGCAGUAUUAUCAUCUGGGAGAAAGUGCUCCCUGUCCGUCCACUUGUGAGCAAUGUGGAAAAGUUUGCCCUUCAAAACUGUCUUUGAAAUGGCACCAGGUUGUUCACACCAAACCGCUGACAUGUGAACAGUGCGGCAAAGUUUUCACUCAAAAGAGUAAACUUCGCCGGCACACUCAAAAACGCCACGGACAAGCCAAACAGUUCCUGUGUCAUAUUUGCAAUAAAAUUUUGCAUUCGCUCGACGCAGUUCAACUUCACAUUGAGAACUUACAUUCGGAGAAACAGUUGCCCUGUUCGUUUUGUCCGAAAAAAUUUAGUGCCAAGCAAAUGCUUCGAAUUCAUGAGAACAAACAUAAGCGUGAUCCUAGCUAUAAGCCUCCGCAAAGCUAUAAAGAACACUACACACUUCUGGACGGCGCCGAUGAAGGGUGGUCGCAGUGUAAAAUAUGUGGCACCAAGUUCAAAGGAAAAACUAUCUUUCCGCAUAUGAGAACGGUACAUUUUGCGCAACAAUACCGCUGCGAAACUUGCGAAGCUACUUUCAAAUGCAAGGAAAGCUACGAUGCGCACGUCCUGGAGCAUGCGUUCGGCAAGACGUUUCGGUGUGCAAUAUGUGGUAAGGAGUUUUCCACGAAGAAGUUUCUGGUAACACAUCUUAAAACGAAGAAACAUAGGGAUCACCCGUUGGCAAAAAAUCUGGACUGGUUAACUGCUCAAGCUAAAGAUUUCAAGCAUAAGGUCGAAGGUACUCUGCAUGAUCAGGGGACGGAAGAACUCGAUUCGGCUGUCGCUGGAUUGAUGCAAGGUAGCACUAAGUAACUACGAUAAGUUUUUGUUGGUUGACCAAAAAUAAAUAUCCAUUUUUAGA